AUGGAUAACAGCAAUAAUGACCCAAAUGGAGAAGACCCCAACAACGUGGUCCACGACACCCCUGCAAGCCAUGGUGCACCUCCACCUGCAUUUGAGCCCACCUGCCAGGAGCCUUAUGUCGCAUAUCAACAACAACAAAAUCAACAACAACAGCGGCAGCAGCAACCAGAGCACCAGGACCUGUACCAGCAGCAACCGCCAUCACAGGUGGCAUAUGCCCAACCAGAGUAUUACCCUCCGCCUGCAACUGAACUCCAGAGCGAACCCCUGCAGACGUAUCAGCAGGCUGUCUCUAGCCCACAUAUUGACCCGAGUCAGAUUUUCCAGUCAUCUCCCGAUCAGCAAUCCAUCAUGGCCCAACACCAGCACCAACACCAACAGGCACUGCAAUCGUUGCAGUCACAGGUUAGCUAUCAAGAUCAACAACAGCAGCAGCAACUGCCACAGGAUACAUCUCUUCAACCUCAAUUCGACCAGCAGCAGCAGCAACACCAACCAGCACAGAUGACCCAACCUCAGCAACAGCAGCAGUAUGUGAUUCAACCUCGACAGGAGCCACAAAAACAAUCCUAUACAGCACCUCGCUCCACCACUCCUAAAAUAGAACGACCCUACAAUAACGGGCCAUUCUCGUUCACCCCAGAUGAGCUCAUUGACCUCAUUGACCCCAAGGCGCCAGAGAAACUCGAAUCUUAUGGCGGUGUAGACGGUAUCCUCCAAGGACUUCAUGCUGACCCCGUCAAAGGUCUCGCUACAGCUGCAGGCGGCAAGUCGCUCGGCCAUGUGACAACGAAUGCCAAUGGUGAGAAACCGACAACAGUGUCUUCAGGGUACCAGAUGGGCAAUGUCGAUACCACAGCGGUUACGUUUGCAGAUCGCGAGGAGUUCUUUGGAAAGAAUGUGCUGCCGAAGCGGAAGCCCAAGUCGAUCUUUCAGCUGAUGUGGAUUGCUCUCCACGAAAAGAUUCUGAUCCUGCUACUGGUUGCCGCCCUUGUCUCGAUCGCCCUGGGAAUCUACGAGGACUACGGAAUGGAGCAUGAGCCAACGCAAAGAUACAACCGCGACUACACUUCCUACUACGCCACUGACCCAAAGGUCUCCUGGGUCGAGGGUGUCGCCAUCCUGGCUGCCGUCGUCAUCGUCGUCCUCGUCGGAUCCAUCAACGAUUACCAGAAGGAAGCCCAGUUCCGCAAAUUGAACGCCAAGAAGGAAGACCGUGAAGUCAAGGCCCUUCGAAACGGCGAGACGGUGUUGCUGUCAGUCUUUGACAUCCUUGUCGGAGACAUUCUCCACCUGGAGCCCGGUGAUGUGAUUUCAGUUGAUGGCAUCUUCUUGGGAGGACAUAACCUCAAGUGCGACGAGUCGGCCAUGACCGGAGAGUCUGACGCAGUCAAGAAGGUCACCUUUGAUGAGUACAAAAAGCUGGAGGAAGCCGAAGCUGGCAGCCAAACCGAGGGCAAAAUUGAGUCCAACCACGAGGGAAUCGAAGUCAUUGCCGAGCCACAGUAUGCACUCCAUGGCGUUGACCCCUUUAUCAUCUCGGGAUCCAAGGUUAUAGAAGGCGUUGGUCUCUAUGUCGUCACGGGAGUCGGCCAGAACAGUUUCCAUGGAAAAACGAUGAUGUCGCUCCGUACCGAGGUCGAGGACACCCCACUCCAGGUGAAGCUGAACCAUUUGGCUGAGAGGAUUGCAAAGCUGGGAAGUUUGGCUGCCUUGCUCAUGCUGAUUGUGCUUAUGAUCCGGUACUUUGUCAGUUUCAAGACUAAGGGUGUCCCCGCUGCUGCCAGCAUUGUCAAAAGUUUGGUCGAUAUUCUCAUUGCUGCCGUUACUGUCGUCGUCGUCGCUGUUCCCGAGGGUCUUCCUUUGGCUGUCACCCUGGCCUUGGCCUUUGCAACCACUCGCAUGUUGAAGGACAACAACUUGGUUCGUGUCCUCGCUGCCUGUGAGACCAUGGGUAACGCCACAACCGUCUGCUCCGACAAAACCGGCACCUUGACUCAAAAUAAGAUGACCAUUGUUGCGGGUACGCUUGGAUUGAACACUCGCUUUAUUGCAGAUGUACCUCAAGGGGAGAGCAAUGCUCGUUCCCAGAUUCCCAUCAACCGCAAUGCCGUCCCUAUAAGCCAACUUGUCAGCCAUCUCCCUAACGCCGUAACAACCUUGAUGCACGAGGCAAUUGCCAUCAACUCGUCAGCCUUCGAGAGUGAAGAUGACAAGGGCAAUCUUUCGUUCAUUGGAUCCAAGACCGAGGUUGCCCUGCUCGAUUUCUCCAAAAAGAUUGGUGGUGCCGAUUACCGUCGACUCCGAGAGGCUACGCCUAUAGUCCAUCUGUACCCCUUUUCGUCCGAGCGCAAGUCCAUGGCCACGAUUGUCCAAAUGGGACCCAACCGGUUCCGUCUCCAUGCCAAGGGUGCAUCCGAGAUUAUCAUGAAACGCUGUACUCGUGUCCUUCAAAUCCCCAGCACCCCUGACCAUGGAGGGGCCUCUAUGUCUGAGAAAGAUCGUAUGGCCGAGGUUACUGAGCUGCCCUUGGAAGGAGAUCUGCAGACCCAGGUACACAAAACCAUCAUUUCUUAUGCCACUCAAUCCCUCCGCACCAUCGGUAUUGCUUACCGUGAUUUCGAGUCCUGGCCCCCAGUCGGUGUGGACCUCAACCAGGACGGCGAGGUUCCCUUUGCUGCAGUGGCCGAAAACAACUUGACCAUGAUCGGAGUGGUCGGUAUCGAGGAUCCCCUUCGUGAUGGUGUUUCUGAGGCUGUCCAAGCCUGUCAGCGUGCAGGUGUGUUUGUCCGCAUGGUCACAGGAGACAACAUCCUCACCGCUAAAUCGAUUGCCACACAGUGCGGCAUCUACACCAAGGGAGGAAUCAUCAUGGAGGGUCCCAAGUUCCGAGCCCUCAGUGGAGAAGAGAUGGAUGCUGUUAUUCCCCGUCUCCAAGUCCUGGCCCGAUCUAGUCCUGAAGACAAGAAGAUUUUGGUUGGUCGUCUGAAGGCUAUGGGCGAAAUUGUUGCUGUGACAGGAGACGGUACGAAUGACGGUCCUGCUCUCAAGAUGUCUGACGUUGGUUUUUCGAUGGGUAUCGCUGGUACCGAGGUCGCCAAGGAAGCUUCGGAUAUUAUUCUGAUGGACGACAACUUUUCCAGCAUUGUCAAGGCCAUUCUUUGGGGUCGUGCCGUCAACGAUGCCGUGAAGAAGUUCCUCCAGUUCCAGCUGACAGUCAACGUUACGGCUGUCAUCCUUACUCUGGUCACCGCUGUGAUCUCGGACACGCAAAAGCCCGUCAUGUCAGCCGUCCAGUUGUUGUGGGUCAACUUGAUUAUGGAUACCUUGGCGGCCUUGGCUCUUGCGACCGACCCUCCAACAAACGAUUUACUGGAUCGUCAACCUGAAUCCCGUACCGCCCCUCUAAUCAACUUUACAAUGUGGAAGAUGAUUCUCGGUCAGGCCAUCCUUCAGCUCGCCAUUACCUUUGUGCUCGAAUACGCCGGUAUGGACAUUCUCAACUACGAUGAGGUUCCCGGAUACCUUCAGGAAAGAGCCCGAGCCAGCAGUCCCGAUCCAGCCAUACAACAGGAGAACCUUGACAGCAUCACCAUGGCCUACACUCAAUUCAAGCGUCAAGAACUCGACACCAUGGUCUUCAACACCUUUGUCUUCAUGCAGAUCUUCAAUGAGAUCAACUGUCGCCGCCUGGAUAACCACCUCAACAUCUUUUCAGGCAUCCAGAGGAACAACUACUUUAUCAUCAUCUUCUUCAUCAUGGUCAUCUUCCAGGUCAUCAUUGUCCAGUUUGGUGGCGCUGCUUUUGAUACUGAGAAGCUGAAUGGCAUUCAAUGGCUGAUCUGUAUCCUCCUCGGACUCCUCUCUAUUCCCGUCGGAGUCAUCAUUCGUCUCAUCCCUGAGGAGCUGUUUGGAGGUCUCAAGCGAUGGGUCAACCGCUCAAGUCCGCCGCGUAGUAGUGUCCCUACCUAUGACAACUAUGCCCUGGGAUCGGGUUCAUGUAUCGGGGGAGGCGGCUCGAUGGGAGAAAUGAACCGCGUCAACUCGACUCCAGUUUCGAUCCACUCGAACCGCGCAGGAUCGAUGAUGAACGGCAGUACCAACAAUGUGCACCUCUCCUAUGGAGCACCCGGUCGCGAUGGUCUCAUCUGGAACUCUGCGAUUACAAAAGUUCGGUCUGAUCUCUCUGUCUUCAAGUCUAUCCGUGGUGGACGACUCUCUGGGGAGAGUGAGAGGCAUGUACUGCACGCCGGCGCAAUGGUACCUUCGUUGGUGGCUACCUCUGUAGGUGCGGGAUGGGCACCUCGGCCUAGCCAGUUGAAUCACACUGAUAUGGGCAGUAGUAGUCCUCGAUCGAGUAUGGUCAUCUCUCGGCAGGGCUCUGGCAACCAGGCUGGUCGUUCGUACUAG